AUUGUGCCAGUGUUGUCCCACAAGCUGCAUGUCGGCACGUGCGUUCUGGUGGUGACGGGUGAUCCAAGAAGCGCAUGUAGAAUACUUGGUGUGUUUGAAGUGAGGACUGUGCGCCCCCUUGGUGUACACUGAAGACAGUCGUAAAAACAUCAUAUACCUUGCUGAUUGUGAGGAAAAAAGACUGAAGGACCAUGGGGGAGGAGCUGGAGGGAUGGGAGGCAACAGAUGCUCCCCUUGACGGCUAUGCCUCAGAGGGUGAGCUGGACACUCGGAAACUUAUGGCUAAGAAGAACCGGAAAAACAAAAAGUCUGGAGGCUUUCAGUCCAUGGGUCUGAGUGGCCCUGUGUUACAAGGGGUUUUGAAAAAAGGCUACAAGGUUCCCACUCCAAUUCAGCGUAAGACAAUACCGUUAAUUUUGGAGGGAAAAGAUGUGGUGGCUAUGGCAAGAACAGGGAGUGGGAAAACUGCUUGCUUCCUCAUUCCUCUGUUUGAAAGACUGCAAACACAUUCAGCCAAGACUGGAGCACGUGCCCUUGUGCUCUCACCAACAAGGGAACUUGCUCUCCAGACUUUGAGAUUCACAAAGGAGAUGGGGCGGUUUACAGGCCUGAGGGCAGCAGUGGUGCUUGGUGGGGACAGUCUGGAGGGACAGUUUGCUGCCAUGCAUGACAAUCCGGACAUCAUCAUUGCCACCCCUGGACGAUUGAUGCAUGUGUGUGUAGAGAUGAACCUCAAGCUCACAAGUGUGGAGUACGUGGUGUAUGAUGAAGCUGACCGGCUCUUUGAGAUGGGCUUCGAGGAACAACUUACAGAGAUCCAGAAGCGACUGCCUGAAACACGACAAACUCUUCUCUUUUCAGCAACACUCCCAAAGAUGCUGGUGGAGUUUGCUCGAGCUGGCUUGACUGAUCCUGUCCUCAUAAGGCUUGACACUGAGCAUGUAUUAUCAGAAAAUCUCAAGAUGGGUUUUUUCAAAUGUAACACAGAGGAUAAACUGGGUCUCCUGUACCAUCUUCUGCAACAUGUUAUCAGUGACCAGGAGCAGACAGUAAUCUUUGCUGCUACCAAACACCAUGUGGAAUACCUGCAUUUGGCACUGGACUUGGCCCACAUUCCCAACACAUACUGCUACUCCUCCCUGGACCCAACUGCAAGGAAGAUCAACAUUGCCAAAUUUCAGACAAAAAAGGUGCGCUGCUUCCUGGUGACAGAUGUUGCUGCUCGGGGAAUUGACAUUCCCAUGCUGGAUAAUGUGAUCAAUUUCAACUUUCCUGCCAAGCCAAAACUCUUUGUGCACAGAGUUGGUAGAGUGGCCCGAGCUGGCAGAAGUGGUGUUGCUUACUCAUUUGUGGCCCCUGAUGAAGCUGCAUACCUGAUGGACCUACACUUGUUUCUUUCCAAAGAUCUGAGAAUAGCACCUCACCCUCCUGACUUGAGCAAAAAGGAGGACUGGAACUACAUGUAUGGCAGUAUCCCUCAAACUGUCCUUGAUGAUGAACUGGAAGAAAUAAUGCACUUGCACAACACAUCACUGGAACUGAGAAAGCUAAAAGACAGUGUUACUGGAGCAUACAAGCAAUAUGUAAAGUGCCGUCCAGCACCGAGCACUGAGAGUGUGAAGCGCAUGAAAGAGAAUGAACGACUAUGUGUAAUUGGCUAUCAUCCCCUGCUGGUGGAUGCUGCUUCAAACACAGAGGAGCAGCGGCUGGCCUUGCUCCACUCCCUUAAAAAAUCUUCAGCCCAAAGGAAUUUUAUGCAAACUGUGUUUGAGAUGAUAAAAAAUCGCAAGGAGUCUAAUGUCAGAUCCAUAACAAGCAUGAAGGAGAAGCGUGACUUUGAUGGAAGGAGAAUUGAAGCCUUCCAUAAGAACCUAAAGAUGCAGCAGGAAGCCAGGCAGGAGAAGGAAACUAAAGCAAAACAGGCACAAGAGCAAGUGAGAAGAUUGGAGCAAAGCACAGAAGAUGAAGUAAAGAGCACCUUUUCAUCUAUUGUUGGGCAAAAGAAAAAGAAGGAAAGAGAAGAUGAUUCAAUUAGUAAUGGUUUGGAGGGUUUGAAAAGAAAAUUAAAUGACAUUGGUAACCAGACAGCAGUAAAGCAAAAAAAAGCCAAGAAAACUCAAGACUUCAGGGACAAGGAUUUCUACAUCCCCUAUACCAAGGACAAUGUGUUUGCUGAGGAUGGAUAUUCCCUGGGUAGUAGCUUCCAAAAAGAGGCAGAGGCUUCCCAGCUGGACCUGGUGCAGGAUGACGACUCGUUGCAGAGGAAGACGUCUGCCCUCCACAAAUGGGACCGUCAGAAGAAAAAGUUUGUUGGCACACAGAAUCUUUUUGCUAUAUACAGUGUUUGUAAUUUAUCAGUUUAUCCACUUGUCUACUCUGAUCUUCCUCUCUUCCCUUAUCCUUGUUAUCAGUCCAUUCCCUGUCUCUUGAAGCAAACUUGUGUGUGGGUGCUAUGUGGUAUCCAGCAGAAGAGGAUCAAGACAGAAUCUGGUGUGUGGAUUGCAGCUUCCUAUAAGACAAACAGAUACAAGAAGUGGAUUGAGAAGGGAAAGAGGAAAAUAGUAGAAGAGAACAGUGAUGAAGAGGAGGGAGAGGAAAAUCAAGGAAAAGUAUCUAAUAAAAAUGGAAAGACUUUUAAGGCUGUGAGACCAAGAUCUUAUAACAAAGCUCACCCUCUGCUAAGAAACCAAAAGGGCCCCAAGAGAGGCUACAAGAGGGAGCUGAAGACCAAGGAUGAGAUAGUGAAGGAGACAAAGAGAUUAGAAGCUGAACGUCAGAAGCACAUUGAGGGAAGGAUGAAAAAUCUAAUGAAGAGAAAGAAGGCACAGGGAAGUAAUAACAGAAAACAGAAUAAUAGCAAACCAAGAGGUAAAGGCAACAAUCAGCAAAGAGGGAAAAGUAAAGGUCAUAAGUGGUAGUUUGCAAUGAGAGUAAUUGUGGUUAUGUGUCAUAUGUUGACUUGUUAUUUGAAGAAAUAUAUCAUGCUCAUAAAUUUC